GUUUUCUUUGCGCUCAAGUCUCUUCUGGGAAUUGCGAGACAGUGGAGAGUGAAAGAGUGAGAGAGAAAUGAAAACGUUGCAAUUUUGACCAAAAGCCUCCGAGUCAUCGAACGUGGGCUAUUGCUUGAGCGGUUUCAUCUAAUUUCAAUUUGAUAAGGAAAAACUGCAAAAAGGUUUAAGCGAUUAUGAUUGUCAUAGUUAUGCUGGCAUCUGUUUAAUCACACCAUCUUAAUUUGUGUUGGUGAUUAGCCAAAGCAGUUGAGCCUUCUCAUCCUCGGAAACUCUACUUGCUGAGUAAACUUUCAGGUAAGUAAAAUAAUUUGCGGAGGGUCAGUCUUGAUAUCUCUUCUGCUGGCCAUAAGGCUUCGCACAUAGAAUUGGUUGUUUGUUGUUAAAUGCGUGUCUACCAGUUGAGUAAACAAGUGUGGCCUCAAUAAUCCAACCCGUGGGAAAAUUCGUGGCGGCUAGAUUGAUCACGUUGCCUGUCUAUCCCCGUUCACAAUCCGGUUUGUAUACUACUAGCUGUUGUUUGUUAUGUGGAACUCCCAAAGCGGCGCAGCUCAUUCUUGAUCAAGCCACACUUUCAAAGUUUAAUUUCGUGUUGUCGUUAUCUAUAUUCAUUGUGCCCUCUGGUCGCAAAAAUUUGCCUUCUUCGCAAAAUUCAUGCAGUGUGUUUGGUUAACGGCCAGGAGAUAAUUGCAGCUCUUUCCCAGUUUCUAUAGGGCGAACAAAGAGGUCAGAUAAUUUACAGGUAAUCUUCAAAAAUUUUGAUUGAUUUUAAGAGCAACAGCAUUUUUCAUUCCAAUAAAACAUGAUUCGUUUCUCUGACAGCUCAACUGUCAUCUCUUAAGUUUGAAAUCGAGACGUACGGAUUAGAUUAUACGAAUUGCAGAUAUAAGCAAAAUGCUAUGACAAUAUUAUAAAGUAAGGAGAGAAUGAGUGAUUAACAAGAAGACUAUAAAGAUAUGCUUCGUUCUGUUUGAAAACUUAACUAAUUUUCCGCAAUCUCUCGCCUCACUCAAAAAUUUGCGGUCACAUGAGGACGGGAAGUUUAUGUUCCCUCAACUAUUGUUCAAUAUUUGAUUCAUAAUUAAUGAUCCGCUCUUUUUGAACUCAAAACAAAAAAAAAGCUAUUUGUACAAUGCAAAAUGCUAAAAAUAACCAUUUAAUUUUAAACCAAAAAUUGCAUCACGUAAAUAUAAAACUGGUCAAAACUGUUUUACACUUACAGUCAAGUCCCUUUAUAGCGGACUCUGUAGGGACCUCGAGUUACUGUCCUCUUUAGGGGGAGUCCGUAAUAGGGUGAGUUUAUUUCAGUCAAACGUUUGUAAUUUGUUUUUGCCGGGGAUUUAGGUGCUAUCCGUUCUAUCUGGGUGUCCGUAAUAGCGGGGUGUCCGCAAGGCGAGAGUUGACUGUAAGAUGCAAUUGAGUACCAGGUUUCCUUUUCCUCAUUUCAAUUCAAUUCAAUUUUAUUCACACUUUUUAUCAAUAUUUACAUCAUACAAUGAUGCAGCUCAUUCGUAGGUCGAACGGACACCAACCUGUAAUGUUGUUACAAUAGUUUUUUUUUUCUUUCUCAAUAGUAAUUUUCUAUACUUAUUAUAAAUUCAAACCUAUAUUUGAUUUCAGUCUUUCGGGUUUAUUUAGCCUGCGAACGACAGACGUUUCUCCUCGCUCAUCGCCGCUGAGGGACGUUUCGCGAGGAGGAACGUCUGCGACUCAGCGACAGAAAUUCCAUACUAAUGACGUAAACCAAUGUUUACAUAAUAAGUUCGGUAGUCAUGGGGUUCCAAAUGCAAAUUGUUCAAUUUUACGCUUCUCCUGAUCGAUUUUGGUGAAGUGUUGUGUUCAUCUGCGAAUGAGCUCCAGAAAAACUCAAAUGUUACUUUUAGAAAAGACUAUACUCCGCAAAUAUUGACUGUUUUGUUAGAGAUUCAUCGCGUUUACAUUCAGAUUUUUAUUAUUAUUAUUAUUUGUCUACUGCUGUCCAGACCUUUCGAAAAUUUUGUUUGCCGAUCGAGACAAUUGUUUUCUUUUGCGGAAAAAUGUUUGGUAGUGAAUUUUAGGCUUUGUUCACCGACACGAAAAGCUAUCUGAUACACAGUAGUAUGAACAGCAACUGCCUGGAACUGGAAAAAAGGUUUUCAGCAUACACAUCGAGCAUCGUGCCGGAGCGGUUGGCCGAGAGGGUUUGGGAACUGUAUUCUAGCUCUCACUCCUGAAUAUUUACUUCCAUUUCAGUGGUUUCCAGUCCUCACUCCUACUUAUUCACUUUCGUGACGGUCCGAAUAGGUGUUCACACUGCAACGAAGUAUCGCAGAACGUGUUUUCCAAUCGUUGCAACAUCAUUCCUUCUACGAUGGCUUCCUGCUUGUACUUCCAAUUCUAAGCUUCUGGAUGGUUUAUGUCUUGUUUGUUCUUUUUUUAGAGUAAGCUUUGGGCGAAUGAUGUUGCAUAUACAACAGUUUUGUAUUUACUUUUAAUAGAAUGGGGUUGGGGUAAUGGUCUUGUACAGUAGGUGGUUCAAUUUCGAUAGUGGCGAUUUGCUCCGUCACAGAAAUCGGGCCGAAAUCACCGUUCUUAUGAUUGGGUGAACAGAAGCCCUAUCCGGUAUGGUUUUCGUGCUGGCACAAAAGCUAUCCGGUAUAGCUUGAACAUAGCCGACUUAUUUUUAUCGGCUGUAACGUUAUAGCGGGGCUCCCGCGCGCGCGAAGCGGGCGUGGGACAGAGCCCCAUACUCAUGGAAUAUGGUCAACCUCUUUUCGUUUGGUUGUCACGUGACUGACCGAGCGUAAGUACGUACGUACGCGUCUACAGAUUGUACGGGUAGGGUAGGGGACACUAUCAAAAGGGGGUGUCUCAGGCUUGUCUUGGCCAGUCCUCAUCUUUUAUAUAUGACACUCACAAUAUGGUCAAUUGACAGCUUUCAAAACAGGAUAGCCACUGACUAGUAUCCCAUGACCAUAUUGCGGGCUCAUGGGUCAACUCAUCGAGGUGACGUGAUUUAUUUGGAAGCUGUCCGCUGACCAGUUAAUCGUUUUACUACAUCGCGAACAAUGUUCAAUCAUACUUUUUAGCUAGUUUGGGAUCGGAGCACCCGAAAACUGAUACCAUAUUGGACAUCAAUGUUGUGAUCAAUUGACAGCUGUCAAAAGAAGGUAUCCGCUGACCAGCAUCACUUGAGCGAAUCGCGGGCUCAGGUGUCGACCCAUCGAGGUCAUGUAUUUUUUGGAAGUUAUCCGCUGACAAGGUACUGGUUUUCAAAUGAUCGCAGGCUCAAGUUUAAUUUUUUUUUAAAAAAAAAUCGUAUGAAAUAUGUUGUGUUUAUGUGCCGCACAAUUAAAAUUUUGAUUUCAAACUGCCCUCGGACGCGAAAAUUCAGUCAGCUGCUACAGGCAGGGAAGACAGUUGCUUUUGAUUUUUCUCGCCAUGUUCACGCGUUGGUCACGUUCUACGUCCAAUUUUUAUGCUCUGAUUGGUCAAAAUUUGACAGGUGAGUUCAUGCGGAAAAUUUAGGCAGCAUCUUGAAUCUUGUUUACUUUGACAGCUGAAGCUGUCAGAGUUUUGUGUCAACUUGUGGUGUUUUUAACUGUCCUUUUCGAACUGGAUGUACAAAAUGAAAUUCAGCUGCUAUCGGAAGUCCUCUGUUAUCCACGGCUAGUUUGUUUAUUUUGUUUUUGAUUGAGAAAUACGUCACUUGUCAAAGUUGGAAAUCCGAUUUCGGAUGGCAUCGUUUUCGUUUUCACCUUGCUUAAUGCGUAAGAGGGUUUCAAAGUCUGAAGUGAUACUGGCCUUACUUGAUACCUUUGAGGAGCUGCAUCUCGAGUGGUAAGCCUGAGUAAUUAUUGUAUUUGAUGUUUGUUUUUUAUUUCUAAUUUAAUGACGUCGAGCGUAGUUUAUGCGGCUAUUUUGUUUACGCACGUUUGUAAGAUUUGAGACAAUGAUCUUACCGAGUAUCAGGUUUCUCUAAGCUUACAGAUCUUUACAGAUCUUACAGAUCUUUCAGAUCGCUGUAGUCGUUUUCGUCGACAAAAGGAAUAGCAAAAUCGCUCUCCGCGUCUUCCCCCAUUUUGUUCUGCGUCAUUUCGUGAAGGACGCGUGGCUCUCAGCGUGGGUCAUCCACGCGGAACACAUUCGCGCUAUGUGACUGGCUGUUGUCUAAUCCCCCUUGAGAUCUGUGGUGUUAAAAAUAACUCGAGACGAAUUACCUAUGGAAUAGGGUGUAUAUGGGGGAUGCCCUCUCUGUCCCCUUUAUAGUCUCUUGCCUCAAAUGAUAUAUAAGGUUGGUUUACACGAACCCAGAUUUGUUGGCAAUAGUUUGUAAGGUAAACUUGUCGAACGCAAAAAAUUCGGCCAGAACUUUUUUCCAGGCCUAAUUAACCUACGGUGAUCAAGAGCCAUUAUGGCUCUUAAAAAAUGUGAUCGAAGACGAUUGCCAGUUUUUGGGUGUACAUAUGAGGCCAUCAACUCGAUAUAUGAUUUGGUUCACCCUGGGGUUGUUUGCAAAUUAUUUUUGUCUAAAAUCACUUAGCCUUUCCCUGAAAAGUCACAUGAAUGUCCUCUAAAGUUAACUGAAUUGUGGAAUACAAGUUUAUUGUUUGAUUUAAAUUAUAAAUUUAUUAAUGGGAGCCUCGCUUUUAGCCCUGGCUAAAUCUAUAUAUUAUGGGGAAAAUAUAACAGAGACAAGUAAGAAAGUAAACUGGGCAUCUCAAAUGACAAUGAUAAUGAUAAUGAUGAUGACAAUGAUAAUGAUAAUGAUAGUGAUAAUGAUAAUGAUAAUGAUAAUGAUAAUGACAAUGACAAUGACAAUGACAAUGACAAUGACAAUGACAAUGACAAUGAUAAUGACAAUGAUAAUGAUAAUAAUAGUGAUAAUGACAAUGACAAUGACAAUGAUAAUGAUAAUGAUAAUGAUAACGAUAAUGAUAAUACUUUUCAAUGUCAUCAGUCAUCAGCAUAUCCACGUUAUAGCCCCUUCAUCAACUAUCUGAGUGAUAAAUAACCCAAACAAUAAUUUGCUGAAAUGAUUUCUACCAGGAAUUUUGAGCAACAAGUGCUCAGUCUCUAGAUAUUGACCUGGCCUGGCUUUAAAGAAAACUUGAUACCAUUCUUUACAUAGUCACUAGACUUUCUCUCAGUCCUUCGCUUCUCAUUCUUGGUUCCGGUAGUUGGCCCCCACGCGAAGGACUUUUAUCCCCUGCAGCGCGCCAAAUUUACGGGAAUAUUUUCCUCCUGUUGGUUUAUCCAAUCACGAACGGUUUUACUGAUGCGCCGUCAAUCGAACCCGAUCACGCCUCAUGAAACGUGACUUGAACUGUUCUGAUCCAAAUUCAAUUGAACUGUGUAUUUUUGCGGGCUGUAUUUCGAUUUCGUUUUAUCGGUUGUAUUCAAAUACAAAUACAAAUAAUAAUAAUAACAAUAAUAAUAAUAAUAAUAAUAAUAAUAAUAAUCACCUUAAUUUAACGAGGGUAACGCGGGACAGUACCUCAAGUGAAUAACUAGUGGCCCUCUAUAAAACAAAAAUUAAGUAACCAAAAAUACAUAUCGUUAAAGAAAAGAACUACAUGAGUAUAUGUAUGAAUAAGACUAAAAAGAGUAAAAACUAUUUUACAAAGUUUUAGUACGCGUUUUAACUUCCUCCAUUUGAGUACUUUACCAAGGUCGGAUUUUCCUGGCAGCCACGGAGUAAAAAACAGUACUGAUUUUUUUUUUUUUUUUUUUUUUUUGAGCGCGCGCAUUACAAAGUUUUUUUUAAUUAUUUUUAUGUUUUCUUUCACGGCGUAUGCAAACCUUGCAACGAGCCCGAAAUGUCUGGAGACUGAACUCACAAAUAUCACAAGACGGCACUUUUGUUCAUUACCCGUUUUUUUGUAUUAAACAUUCCUUUGUUUACUUUCUCUUAUCGGAUUUUUUCCCGUUAUCUGUUUGUUUUGACAUACUUUGACAGCUCGCGACGACACACGCACGCGACAACACACGUGACAGGGACGCAAAUAGUUCGCGCCAAAGUGACGUCACUUGAUGCGAUUUUUUGCAGGGGAAACAAGUCGAGCUCUCGCUCUCUCGCUCGCUUUUCCCGCAGAAAACAUAAAAAUCUACCGCUCGCGCUUCGCGCUCGUGAAAAAGAAUUGAGCUCGACUUGUAGGCAAGUCUACAUAGGCACCAACAAGUCAUUGCCGUUCAUAUCAAAUCUUUGGCGAAAUUCAGUCGACAUAAAUGUACAAUUAUCUGAUUAUUAUACGUCUAUUAAGAAAACUACAGCUUGCUUAAGUACGUCUUAAGUGGUCAAAACAAGAGUUAGAUCAGUAAGCAAAGACAUCAACAGAAAAAGGUACAUUAUGUUACAUUGUACUAACCAUAUAUAAGGUACAUAUCCUCGAACGCGCAUAAUGGUAACAUUUAACCAUGCCCACAACUGAAAUGUGGAAGAAUAUGGCCUUCACAGCAGAUGUUUGAACACUACUCCCCCCUCCCCCCCAAAGUUUUACAAACAUGCUUCAUAAACGUUAAUUAGAGAACUUUUCACCAAUUUUCAGCCAAAAAGAACUCACAUCACCCAGCUUUUAGGUACUUAAACUUUCCUCACAAAUGUAAACAAGCGGAUCAAGUUAUUAUAAUUAUUAAUAUCAAGAAACCAGCAGGUCUUAAGUACAAGAUGUAUACAAAACAUGAGGCAUACAUUCUAAAAACUGUAACAAACUUCAUAAAUCUAUAAAUUUGCUUUUGGUGAAUAUUUCAGUUUUGAUGGAACCCCUCGCUUGAGUUUUGGAUAUGUUGCAGUAUUAUAUUCCGAAGCGAUUUUACCUGCAUAAGAAAGCCUUUGAUGUUCUCAAUUAGAUGAGGUAUAUUUUGUGGGCAGUGGCACUGCUGGAAGAAUGUGACUCAAACGGUCACCACCUUGGAUACAAGACCAAAAUAUGCACUGAAGCACACACUACUGAAGAACUGUUUUGCGGUGGAGCUGGCGCUUAAAAGAGUGCACUCACCUCGGCAGUAACAGGUCUUAGAUAUGCAGGUGCCUCAGCUCAUUGACCCCACGGCUAUGCCAUGCUGAUUAGCCCCAAUGAGGGCAAAACAGCUGUCCAUGGCUACCACUGCUGGGGUGAUAUGGUUGUGUGCAUGCAUAAGGAACUACUGGCCAUACCGCGGAGUUAGUACAUGUGAUUCAGUGCAUAAUUUGGUACCAUCUUGGAUAGUUCCCCGGGAUUCGAAAAAAAGUUAACAUCGAUUAGAAUCGCCUUAAUACUUUGAACCUGACAUUGAACAAGAUGGAAUCAUGGUUAAGAAUUUUGGACAGCAUGCGCUCUCGAGACAACAUUUUGCGUUACAUCGUGUCACAAAAAGGCCUAGAUGUUUAUAAGCUUUAGUGAGAGAAUAGAUAUAAAAUAAUCCUACCUCAAUAAUUGAAUGAAAAAUCCAUUUUCUUCACUCCAAUUCUGCUAGCAAUCGAGCAAACUCAAAAGUAUCGCAAAGAAUUGCACCUCUCCAAGUCGUAAUCGUUGCGGUAUUCAAGAUCCGAAGAAUUUUUGUAAUAGGCCAGAAUGGGGGAAUGCUCAAGACAGUGAAUUCAGCUUUCGAUGAAUACCUCCCGGUUCGCGCCUUAACGUAAAUUGAAAUUUGUUCUUUGCGACUUUGAAUCUAUGAAAGCCAAGCUCUAAGAGACGCUACACGACAUUUCUCUGCAGUCUGUUUCUGUUGCGGUAUCUUGUGUCUAAAACAUGCCAAAAUAGAGCAAGCCAUUCUGGGCUAAACCUCAAGAUCUUCGUUGUGCCAUAUCUUGGCUAAAAAGUAAAAUUCAUCCAAAUUUCCUCCAAAACCACUCGUUGAAAAGCUUGUUUCACGGACAGUUAGUUGCCGCCAUUUUUUCUUUGGCUGGAGCAAUACUUUCAGUCAGCGGCCUUAGUUAAAUUUCGCUACUCAAUGUGUCCAGCUAAUAUUAGGCUCGAUUACCGGCCGCUGUUCGGGAAAAUGAGCCCGCACUCAUCCCCCGAAAGAGCAGCUGGACGCGUGCGAUUUCCUUUGUUGGUUUAAGCCAAUCAUGUUACCGCCUGCAGAUGUUCGUCUGGCAAAGAUUGUCGCAGAAACAGAAAGUCCUUCCUUGAUCCAUCGCAUGGCGAAGCGAUUUCAAUGGUACGGAGACAUUAGGCGAAAUUUUACCGUCCGAAGGAACAUAACGUUUUGUUCGAUUGUUUGUUGUGAACUUUUCUUAUAAUGAUUGUUGUUGGAGAGUUUUUGCAUCUUCAAGGAUCUUUUCAAGGCGCUUCGGGUCUCGAUAACUGCGUUUGUUACAGAUGUAACCGUCCACGUUUAUAUUUGACAGAGGAACAUUCAAUACGCUGGAAAUUCUGUCUGGUGAAUCAGAAACGUUUCCAUUUAAUUUGGUCCGUUUCCUUUGUUCGGACCCACAGAAGACGCAACCAAUAUUCGAAGAUCAAAGAAAAUUAACUACAUGUCCUCGUGUACAGAAAUGUACUGAAGAAUAUUUUUCACAAUGUAUGGAAAUGUACCGAAAAAAACUAUUUCGAAAGUCAUUUGGGCGGGCAAGUGAGCGCUUGAUGCAAUUUUGAGCCAAAUAAAUAAGAAAAUUGGAGACCGGUUUCACUUCCAGUGACAUCGGAGACGCCUAAAUUGUCAACUUUCCAAUUACGUCACAGACAAGGUCAACGGGUCACGCGUCCAGCCGUCUCUUUUCGUUCGGGGAGGAUCAAAGACCGGACCCGGGAGACGGCGGAAAUCGAGCCUAAGCUAAUAUGAGCCCGGUAUCACGGAAAAAUCCGGCGAGGCCGUCCAUUGCGUGACAGCAUGUGUAAUUUGAUGUCCGAGAUUGCACAGCACUACUUAAUUAAUCCAGCAUGAAAACUCAAUAUAAAAUUAAAUGAAUUUGCUCUUUUUCGCAAUUUCUUAUUUAGUGUUAUAUUUUACAUUUUGGAGUUAUCACUGAGAGUCGUCUACAAGAAAAGUGUACAUGGAGCGUCUGUUAGACAAGAAGCGUUUGUUUCUGAGUGUCAGCUCAUUUGAGUAGCUCAGACACAUGAACAAGGCUCACACAAAAAUAUCCGGUCUCUUUAUGGGUAUGUAACGCUAUCUACACUCACGUACACGGAAGAAAAUCAAGCGCGCGGAUGGUAUUCAUUCGCUGCAGUUUGCCUGGAAAGGAAAGGUUUGGGAGGAUACAAAGACAAGGUACAAUAAGGAGACAAGGUACAGGGAAAACAAAUGUUGUAGAGCCGAUUAUAUAUAAAUACUAAACAGGCUAGAUGUUUGGUGUAGAUUUUGAACACCAUUUGCUGUGUCGUGUCUGAGCACUGCAUGUCCGUUUUACACUUAGCCGAUUUCGAGGUAAUUUUAAAUUGUUGAAAGCCGGAAUAUGAGUUCUAUUUGACUUUAUAAUAGUAAAAUGUUCCGACUUAUGUCUAUGAAACAUGUAUGUACCAUUGUGGGUCUUGAGAUUGCAUUAAUAUUACAGUCGAACCUCUAGCAAUGGCCAUUUAAUCUCUAUAACGGCCACCUCUCCAUAUUUUAGAACGGCCACUUUCAUUUGUCCCGGCGGACGGUCCAUACAUUGGCUCUUAUUUAAACCUCUCUUCAACGGCCAAUUAACCUCUCGACGACGGCUAGUUUUUUCAGUGACUGAUGAAAAACUCAAGGAUGACCAUAGCAAUUUGGGAGGCUAACUGCUCAGCGGGCACAGUUCAGUGAUCAUAAACUUAGCACAAUAUAAUCCUCCCGGGAGGACUUCGUUAUAAGAGGCAAAUGGAGAUGUGCCACUGGAUGGGGUCGCAUUUAAACGACUGGAAGACUAAAAUGGGGUCGCACAUUUUCUGAUUGUUGGGUAAUUCAAUUCCUCAUACUUAUGGUUAGCAAACGUACCCGAGUGUUCUUCAUUCAAUAUAAGGUACAUACAUAAGUGACUUAGUUGAGAUAGAGACAGUUACAUAUUUGCACAAAAGUGUCUAAGGUGGGGUCUAUAAUUGGUGACAGAAAAUCAUUAUAAUGGCGUAGGAGCACUGAGAGGCCGCCGGCACAUACCCAGCAAAAAUUAACCUCCAUUACCUCCCCCAGGAAUAAUCCCCACCUCCCUAUAGAGGCCACCUCUCCACAACGCAGGGCCACUUUCUUCUGUCCCCGGGGUGGCAAUUGUGGAGAGAGGUUCGACUGUAUACGUAUUUUGGCUGAAACAUUUGUUUGAGUGUUCACAACUGUCAAGUCAGAAGGGCCCCGGUAAAAGUUAAAUUUCACUCGAGUGCUCCCUGAAUUCGUGUUUUCAGAAAUAACUUCAUGAGUUGCCCUAAGUUCUAAAACCAUAUAUAUAUUUUAAAGCUCAGAAUAUCGGAUUAUCCUUCGGUUCGAAACGAGGAACCGAGUGUGAUUUUAGGCCCUUAAAAUAUAGACACAUUUUUCGCGUGACAUCCUCAAGAUUUUGUAACUGAAAAUAAAAAUGAAAAUAAAAUAAAAUAAAACAAAAAAAACUGUUAAAUAUCAGUUCUACUCGCAAUUUAAUCAAGCACAUAAUUAUUACCACAAGAUUUCUGGGUUGGAUGAUUCUUGAACUGGUAGCCUAGCCAGGCUCUCGAAUAAUAUUCAAAUCGAGCUCUUUUUGUAGCCUCUCUCGGGCCCCGAAAAAGCGAUCUGGUGGAGGACGCGAAGCGAAUGAACUUAUAGGCCGUAUCGCCAAGAACAUAUAACACUAAAACUUAGUUAUAAGCUUCCGCUUUUAACAGAGAGGAACGAUCGCCACUUGUGUAGCCUGAGUUGUCGGAAGGAUUGUUUUUCUCGGGUUCCUUUUUUUUUUACGGCAGAGCUUCCACGCAAGAUGAGCGAGGGAUUUUCGCGAAGGGAUUUCAAAUCUUCUCGCGGCGUCCGCCAAAAAGCUACAGGACUUGCCCACUUUUCCGUCCAGCUACGCAGGCUAUGAACCAUUAGUCUGACUAGUGAAGGCGGUCUCAACUAAAUUAUAGACUCUUUGUCUUUCACACAGUCAUUAAACACUCGUGGUAGGUUCUGAGGAAAAUUUCCCUUAAAAAAAAAGAAAAAAAAAAGAAGAAGAACGGGGGGAAUUUGUUACUGUCACGUAAACAUGGUUUCGUCCUCUGAGCUCCGCGUAAACCAAGCGUUAUAGACUUGCGAUGUAUUCAGAGUGUGACUGAACAUAGCUUCUCUAGAAGUGAUCUAUCCUUUUGCUGUUCAUUGUAACGUCUUUAUAAUAAGGCGCUAUGCAGUCAAUAAGCUUUUGAGGAAAAAAAUGCAAGGACAUGCUUAAAAGAAGUUCAAUAGCAUUUAGACCCUGUUUACAUGGCGUGGGGGACCCCGGUCUAGUGGGGUAGGUUUCUUUUGUUUUGUGUCCCCCAGAGCGUGAAAACAAAAGAAACCAACCCCACUAGACCGGGGUCCCCCACUCCAUGUAAACAGGCGCUUAAUCUGUUUUUGUUGCCUUUGAAAUAUCAUGUGCAUGAUCUAAGUGCGCGCAUAAGUGCUGAGCAUGCGUCAUACUUAGGAAGCAAAGGGAGAGCGCUUGCUUUGUUGACAUUCUUAAGCAACGUAAAUAAAUGACAAUAUCGUUAAAUCUACUCAAUGAAAUUUGACGAAAUUUGGCAGAAAUCCGGUUCAUAUAAAAAAUUAAUCCAUUGAAAGCCUCAAAACAAAUUUAAAACUUUCCUUCACUUACUUUCGAAAGUGUCACGUAGCUAUUUUUUUCCUUUAUUUGUCUGGUCAAGCACCCCGCUUUGACUAUUCCUACCCGGUAUCUCAAUCCAAAAAUACCGUAAAAUUCCGAAAAUAAGCCCCGGGGCUUAUAUUUUUCAAAGACCCUUUUUGAGGGGCUUAUUUUUGGAGGCGCUUAUAUUCGGAGGGGCUUAUCUACGGAGGGAAAUUUGCGUUUCAAACUCGAUACAGCUAGCCUUAUAGUUGGAAGUAAAUUUACCAUUUUUUUCUUUGUUCUACUUUGUAUUUGAGGGCAAUUUUCCAAGUAUAAGCCCCUGUGGGGCUUAUAUUUGGAGGGGCGAUUUAACGGAGGGUUUUUUGCGUUACCGGUUUGGGAGUCUUAUAUUUGGAGGGGCUUAUACAUGGAGGGGCUUAUCUUCGGAAUUUUACGGUACUUUAGAUCAGGGUACAAACUUUCUAGAUCCUCUCGCCUUUUAUCUUUGAUUUAAGCUAAAAUUAAAAAAAGGGAAAGAACUGAAGAAAGAAAGAAAUAAAUAAAGAAACUUUUGCAAGACCGAAUCAUUCAAAGGAAAUAAUGGUUUUAUUAUUGGUUUACAAUAAUCAGCAAAAUAUUAAAAGUUACACCUAACGGAAACCAAGAAAGUCUGGAUUCCACGCUUUGGAUUCUGGAUUCCAGGUAAUGGAUUUCGGAUUCUUUGCCAAUGGAACAUGGAUUCUGGAUUCCAAUCGUUAGUGGGAUUCUGUACUCCAUAAGCUGUCUUCCAGAUUCCAAAGCCCAGGAUUUCUAAGAAAUCAGCCUUGAUUCUAGACCGAUGAUGCUUGGUUGUGACCUUGUAGGAGGUCCGCGGUUUAUUCCUGAGACCUUAUCAUGGCUGAUAUCAUCCUUUUAGCUGCAUUCAAGAAAUUUAGGAUACGGCAAGAAAAUUUACCCUUUAAACAGUUUAUCAAAACUCGAGCUUUUGUACCCUCCUUAAUCUUGUCAAUCUUUUAGUCCCCUCAAAUGUCCUUCCUCAUACUUGAUAGUUAAUAAAUAUUGUUCAUUAUCAUUUUACUGAUUGUCAAUGUAUAAUAACGUAUUGUUGUUGUUAUUGUUAGUAUUAUUAUUAUUGUUAUCAUUAUUAUUAUUAUUAUUAUUAUUGUUAUCAUUAUUACUUAUUCUACUUAUUUUUUUUUUUUGCAUUUUUUUUUUAGAGGAGGGCCCAGUAAACCAAGAUCAAGAUGUCUUGUAAGCCUUUUGAACCAUUUAAUAAUGUUUUAUAAAGCACCAGUCUAUUAAAAGUCAAAGUGAAAACAAAGCAAACAUCUUUUCCUCAGGGAAAAUCCUACAAUUUGUCAUUUUGAAUUGGAUGUACUUGCAAUUAUUUGACGAAUUAGGUUUAUUUAUGGUGUUGUGGAAAACGGACCCCUAUUAAAUAAACAUACAUGUAGUAUAGCGAAGAUCCAUGUUUUUCCGCAUAUGUAACGGGGACACUGUUGUUUUUGUUGUUGUUUGUCUUAAAUGAUAGGGCUCAAAAAUCCCCUUCUUAUAAAUUGUUUACUAGUUACAAUUUGAUAACAAACAUUUUUCCAAAAAUUGUUGAAUAUUGGUUUCUGAUGAUAGCAGGUGAGGGUAGGCCAGAUUUAACAAGCAAUUUAUGACCAAGUAUACAAACUAAGUCUUUUCUCUUUGCAGAAUUGUAAAACAGCAUCAAAAGCAGUGUAAUGUUAAUGUUAUUGUAAAAUCGCUAUUUAUAAAUGUUAUUUGUAAAAGUCAGAAUUUCCAGUAAAAUCUUUAAAGUUGGUGGUCAUUCUGAAUGAUUUUCCUUUCCCCACCACAUCACACAAUUUUAUGUCGUCAAAGCCCGUUUGAGUUAAAACCCAUGAGGUUCCAGGCCCUCGCCCACCGGACCACGGUUACCACACUCAAUUAACGUCACCUUCCAAUAUUUUUCACGUACAUGAAAGUUGCGCUUCGUUUUUAUACCUUUUGUUUUAAUCCCUUUAACAUACUUUUAAUUUUUCAGGGAACAUUGGAUAUGAGGUUUACAAAGGUAUUAUGGGCGAAGAAUUGUUCAAAAAGAAGAUUGAAGAGUUUGAAAAGGUAAUUAAGCCUUGUUUAUUUUAAUAAGAAGACUGUAAGAAAGUGUGACAGUUAAAUAAACAACUAUUGUUAGAGGGCUUUCAAAGAGAGAGUCUCAAAACUAACGACACAUAAAUAAAUGAUAACAAUUGGUGACGAUGAGCACCUUCUGAAGGGUAAGGUCCCUGCCAAGCUAUAUGGGAAAUGCCCUCUUUUACUAUAAUACCUUACUCUACUUUACUCUGCGUUUGCAAGUGGCUUUUUUAAAUUUUCAUGCCUCUUAACAUGUAUUCUGGUUUGUUUGUAGCUUUCUCCAGGCAAUUAUGUAGAGUUAUUUCACGGACAACAUAACGCAGUAAAUCACUCUUUGUUUGCCAUUUGCUACCUUUUCAGCCUCUCCCAUCGCCUGGACUUUUCGAUUCUGCAAGAAUAGCUUUUGAAACGAAAAAACUCCAGAUGAUUUUUGGGUUGAACCCUAUAAUUAAGGGACAGAGGGGUACGCACCCAGGUGGCGUCGGGAGCGAAGGCAUCGCCACAAUAGUCUCUGAUCCCAAGUUUCCUGCUUGUGAAUUCUUCACCCCUGGCCAUCUUUAUCCAGUCUGCUUGCGUCACUCCACUAGCCAGUCCAUAGAUGACGCAGAGAUCGACAUCUUCGGCGGAGCGUUGAGAUUUGCUGGAAGUGAAGAUGAAGAAAGCCCAUUGGAUCUUGUUCUGGGUACUGGAGAGAUGACUCCGCUGUGGAGCACUAAAGCAGUUAUGGAGGCUGUGAAAGGUCGAGUUUCAGGAGAUUUGAAAACAUACCUUCUACUAAGUCCAGAUCAGUAAGUAAUAAGAAAAAUAUUUCAGUUCUAUAAGUAGAUCUUUAGUAGCUGCGAGACUCUUUCGCGCUUAUGUCCUUUAGUCUACGAAUAGCUUUAUGCAUUUGUGAGGAAAUUUCGGUAAAACUUUUUUCAACAAAUAUUACUGGUAUUGUUUUGGCACCCAAAAUAGGAGUGGGAUUUAGUUGUGCCCUUAAAAAAAAAAGAAAGAAAAGAAAAAAGGAAAUUUCUCGCGUUCCCUCUGGGGGAGGCGUGGCAUUGGUAAUCCACAUGCAACAAUGGUACAGGAUAUUUUCGGUCGUUUCAGUAAAACUGAGAAAAGUUAAUAAUACCUUGGAAGGUUUUAUUUUUUUUUUCCGAAACAUUUCUACCGUGAUGAACCGUUUCAUUGGACUUCUCACCGGAAAUACCGGUUUUUUUAUACAAAUGGUAAGCGCUCACUGAUAUUUUUUUUGUUCUUGCAAAACGUAGUCUUUGUAGCGUCCACUCAUAGCUACUUGAAACUGUACUUUAAUCAGUUGUUCACUUGCUAGUUCGUUUCUAAUCUGCACAUAACUUGUAUUCAUUCCAUUCACAAAUUGCACGUGAAAGAGAAAGAUUCGCUGAAAUAACAACAACGCGACUAUAACAAAGAUGAUAUUGACCGAAUAACCGAAAAUACUGCAUACUUACAAGUUAUUGUGCCUUCUUAAUGGAAAGGAAAACUUGUCCUAACGAAACGACAGUAUAACUCCAUAACAAAACAUGUGCUUUUUCGUGGGAAAGAGCGCCCGCGAUAUUUUGUGUGCGGUCACCGAAGACCACACCAUAUAACGUUUAUUUUCUGUCUCUUACACGCUCCCCCCCGAAAGACGACUGGGGAGUCUUUCUACUUUAGCACAAACUAGUACCAAGCGUACAAAAACUAGUCGAAACUAUCCGAUCAGUACAAAGUUCCUCAAAAGUUCCCUCAGUUAUCUUAACCUUUCGGAACAGUUCAGUGCCCUUCCUACACACAUGAACUGGUAGCUUCAAAGAGGUUUUGGCCGCUGUUCCAAGCCACCUAGUAACUGCUCUUCCAAUAGACAGAGCUUCCGGACAUCUCUGCGGUACGCUCCGUCCGCUGUUCUGACGACAACUUGGCGUACCAUGCCUUCGCUAUCAGGAAAGGUUUGCUCGACCAAGCCCUUUGGCCACUGACCCCGGGACAAAUUCUUGUCUGCAAGCAACACUAAAUCUCCUUUGGCUUAGGUUGUAACCACUUCUGGCGUUCUUGGAGCGUUGGCAGAUAUUCCCUUGUCCACCUCUGCCAAAAUUCAUUUGCGAGAAGAUGAACGUGCUUCCAUCUGGCUUUGAAUCGAUCUGACUCCUCGAAUAAAUCUGGGGAUGAAGACGGGUUUCGGCGCAACAGAAGGAUAUGGUUCGGCGUCAGUGCUUCCAAAUCCUUUGGAUCAUCAGAGACCGGCGUGAUUGGCCUGUCAUUCAAAAUCUUCUCUACUUCAAUAAGGAAUGUUCUCAGGGUUUCUUCGUCUACGAGGCGUUCUCCCACCAUAGAAUGAAGGAUCCUUCUGAUAGACCGUAUAAGUCUCUCCCAUACGCCGCCUUGGUGACUGGCUGCGGGUGGGUUAAAUUUCCACUCAAUUCCUCUCCUGGUCAACUUCAACUGAAUCUUCUCCUGAUCCCACACCUUUAAAGCGUUGACGACGUCCAAUUCAGCUCCUCUAAAAUUAGUACCGUUGUCACUAAAGAUAAUACCUGGGGGGCCUCUUCUACCAACGAAGCGCAAAACGGCAUUGAUAAAACUGUCAGUGGAGAGGUUGUUAACUAACUCUAUGUGAACUGCUCGAUAUCUUAGGCAAGUGAAGAUGCAGCCGUAACGUUUGUUCAGAGAAGGGUCUCUCCUUGAUCUUGUGUUAGGUCCUAUCUUCACGUAGAGGGGCCCGAAGUAAUCCAACCCAACUGCAGCAAAUGGAUAUACGAGCCUGUGACUGUCCGAAGACACUCUAACAACUGGAAGUGGUGCUGUCACUUGUUCUCCUAACUUGGCGUUCUGACGUUUGCACACAUGGCACUUGCCAAGAACUUGCUUUAUCGUGGAAACUGCAUUCACGAUCCAAUAGCGCUGCCUAAUUUCGGCCAGAAUUUGAUAGGUUCCUACGUGUCCAUUCAAGUGAUGAUAGUGGCGAAUUAUCAACUCAGGCACGGGGUGCUUUGCUGGCAGUAUCAUCGGGUGCUUGGCAUCAUAUGGCAAACUCGAGUGAUUCAAUCUUCCGCCGACACGUAUGAUUCCUUCAUCUUCGAAUGGCUUAAGUCUGGCUAGUCUGCCUUUGAUGACUGUUUCACUUUUCUCAUCAGCAAAUGACUGUUCCUGGACGAACUUCACGAUUUUCUUCUCCGCUUUGUCCACGUCAUGGAUCGAUAAGGUUUUAGGACUAUACUUCACACUUCUAUCUUUGUCGUCCGUGCACUGGGACUGCAUCGGUCUGUUGAAGGCUCUACAUAACCACCCAACUAUUCUUCUCAGUCGAUCCCACGACGAAUAUCGUUGGGACAAAAUGCUCCAGAAAUCCGCAUGAACUGUGGAUGCUCCAACAGUGACUUUCUCCUUUUUCACUCCUUCGUCUGUAUCUAGGAGGUCUCCCAAUUCCUCUGGAGGCUGCGGAGGCCAAUCUUCAACUUCUCUCCACAAGAAUUCUGGACCAGGGCGCCACCUUUCCAGUUUUCCAGUCUCCGAGGCCUUGAUCCCUCGGGAAGCAUAAUCCGCAGGAUUGAGCUCUGAUCGUACGUGCCGCCACUGCCCUGGAUCUGAUUCUUGACGUAUGACAGCUACCCGGUUUGCGACGAAGGUUACAAAUCUUCGUACUUCAUUGGCAAUGUACUUGAGAACUAUCAUAGAAUCAGUCCAGUAAGUCACACUGUUAAUCUUCAGUCUUCCUUCUGACUCUCUCGUUAUGACCUUGUUGACUUUCGUUGCUAGAGUAGCCGCUGUCAACUCCAGCUUUGGUACUGUUACAGCACUUUUCAAGGGUUUCACGCGAGACUUCCCCAUUACGAAACAGCAAUGAAUUUUCCCAUGACUGUUAACAAGACGUAAAUAAGAGGCUGUCCCAUAACCAUGCUCUUGGGAUGCGUCGGCGAAAUGAUGAAGCUCUACAUGUUUCACUUCACCGAAGUCCUUUGGCUUAAAACAUCGAGGAAUACUGAAUCCUUGCAAGCUCAUAAGCCCUUCUCUCCAACUCUUCCAACGUUCACACAAUUCUGUUGGGAGCUUCUCAUUCCAAUCCAACUUUAGUUUGCACAAUUCCUGAUUCAUUUCUCUUCCAGGUAAGAGUAGGGGGCUGGCGAAUCCGAGCGGGUCAUACACCGUUGCAAUAGAUGAUAAGACACCUUUCCGGUUCUCUGGACGCUCCUUGUCAUUCACAACAAAGUCAAUGGUGUCAUGUUCAACAUUCCAGUGGAUUCCUAGUGCUCUAUCUAUAGGCAAACUUUCUGAUUUCAAAUCUAAACUCUUAAUGGUGGGUGCUCUUUCCUCCACCAGGAACGCUGACAACACGCUGCGAGAAUUGGAAAUCCAUUUUGUCAAUUCAAAGCCUCCUCUCGCAAGUAACUCCUGGAGCUGCUUACUGACUUGUACUGCGCGUUUUGAAUCAGCAAAGGAUUUAAGCAAGUCAUCUACGUAGAAAUCCUUAAGCACGGCGUCAACUGCCUCUUGGGAGAAGUCUUUCUCAUUAUCCUUAGCCGUCUUUCUCAUGGCGUAUCCUGCUACGCUCGGCGAGGACUUUGCUCCAAAAAUGUGCACGAGCAUUUGGUAAGUCUUCGGUCCCUUUGACAGGUCACCAUUCGGCCACCAUAAAUAACACAACGCUCCACGAUCUUCUGGUGCUACGAAGACCUGGUGAAACAUUCUCUUAAUAUCUGCCGUAACUGCAACUUCAUCUACUCGGAAUCUCAGGAUCACUCCUAUCAGGGUGCUGGUGUUUUCAGGGCCUCUCAAAAGUUGCUCAUUCAAAGAUGUUCCACCACUCCUUCAGGCACAAUCAAACACUACCCGCGGUUCUUCGGGUUUUCUAGGAUGCCACACCGCGUGAUGAGGAAGGUACCAUAGCGGCUUAAGCACUGGGACUUCGUCAUCAGGUACCCGUCGUGAUGCUCUCUCGGCCAGGUACUUGUCCAUUACGCCACUGUACUUUCGGUGGAAAACUGGAUCCUUCCGCAUCUUUCUCUCUAGCCAACUUAACCUGCUUGUGGCCGUCGACAGACUCUCAGGAAGGUCAGGCUUCUCUUGGCGAAAAGGAAGCUUAAGCUGAUAGUGUCCGUUCACUAAGGUCGCUGACUGAUCCAUAAGUUCCUGUGCUUUACGGUCCUCAACAGACAUGCCUUCCUCAGCAUUGGCAUCAGCUUCAACAAAUUCCUCGUCAUACAUGCGCUCUAGCUGAACGCUUAAGCUAUCUUGGCCGGUGCGAGUAAAGUUUAUGUGAACAGGGUCCUUAACGGUUUCUCCAAUCGGGCCGUGGACUGUCCAGUGACCGUCCUUACUGCAACAGGUUCGCCUUGGUCUCCUUCUUUCCGAUCUAACUGCUUGUCAAUCAGGUCUGGGCGAUCGUUUCCUAUCAAAAUUGUCACUUUCUUAUCUCCUGUUUCGGGUAAGCUAACGUCACAAAGAUGAGGCCAACGCUUAAUAUCCUCGUUUGUGGCCAUUUGUCGUGCUGAAACGGGAAGAUUGCUCGUAGUCAAGACGUUUUCGAGUCGGAACUUUGCAUCUCCUUCUAACGAUUCAAUUUCUAACUGGACUUCAUGACCAUGUCUUAGCUCCCCGUCCGCACAGUUGGUGGUGGUCAUAGUAUAGCUGAUUGGCUUCAUAUCCGUUACACCUAUUUCACGCGCCAAACUAUCUAGACAGAGCGAGGCGUCUGAACCGCUGUCUAGGAAAGCGUGUGUUAUGAUCUCUCUGGUGCCUCCCGGACAUCUAAUCUUGACUGGGACUACCUUAAAGCAUACUCUGGGUCUGCCCACUUCGAGCGCAGCAACCGUCACCAGAUCCUGUUCCCUUGCACUUGCCAUCGAAGGGCUGCUAUCCUUCGUGUUGGGCGCUUGCACAUUGCUACUGCUCGCUGAACCUUCCACCGCAUUACUGCUGGGAUUUCUAGGGUUCUUUUCAUCAACGCUCUCCGACGGAAAAUGUAGCAGGUAGUGGUGAUCCUUGCCGCAACCUGAUAUUCGGCAGGUGAAUCCCCUAUCACAUUGUUUCGCAGUAUGUCCUUGGUCAAGACAAAGCUUACAAAGUCCACGUUGACGAACAGUCUUUAGACGGUCAUUCAAUGAGGCACUUCUGAACUUUCGGCACCUCCAAACAUUGUGAGGUCCGGAACACUGAGCACACUUCCAAGGGGGCCUUGGUGAUGUUUUCUGGCUUGGGCAGUUCUGGUCAGUUUUAGUCGCAAGGGUAGUAAACUUGGGAGGCGGAUCCUUUAUCUUGUUUGGUUCCUUUUUGUCUCGGUUACCAUGAGAAGAGGACCCUAAUUCUUGCCCGUAUCUAUUGUUUAUACGAUCUGCAACUCUUCGAACAAACUCAACAAAGUCCGCAAAGUCCGCUCGACCUUUUCGCUUGAUGAGAUCUCCUGCUUUAUCCACCCACUUCCUUUUCAGGCCCUCAUCAGGGAGCUUUCGCAUCAACGAGAUUAUGACAUCUUCGUUGUCUAACCGACUCACGUAGUUGUGACCCAUACUGGUCAGGACCCUCCUAGCAUCUUCCAGUCGCCUUACAAACUCCAUGAGAGUCGUCGCAUCUGCUUUCCGCACUUGAAUUUCUCUCAGUUUCUUCAUGUGGGCUUCUACUAUAAUGUGAGGCCUGCCAAAGUUCUCGCUAAGAGUUCUCCAGGCUUCUGUGUACCUUUCACCCACUGUCAAAUUAACACAACUCCUAAUUGCUUCUUUAGCUUUGCCUGAGCACUGUGCUAAAAGGCGUGUCAGUCUUUGAGACUCAUCAGACACCUGGUUCUCAAUAUUGUCUCUAAACUUCGUAACGAACUCCACAUACUCCAAAGGGUCUCCACUGAAUUUCAUCAACUCUACUUUCGGUAAGGAUGGCCCUUGCUUGAUUGCUUCGGCAACUGCCACCCAAGGAUCGGGUUGCAUGCGUGACUGCGGACUAGCUCGCUGCUCAAAAGGAGGGGCUGAAUAAAUGUACGUUGAUGUGGAUUGCUGAGGAGUGUUGGCAGGAUAUAACUCGGUUGCUGAUGCAUCUAAACCUAUAGUUCGUGGACUACAAGACCAUGUAGGCAUUCCUGGUGAUUGGUGCAUCGACAUUGGUGAUGCCGCAACAGCUGUGGAUGUUGCCCUUGGCAAAUUAAAACGAGGUACAUAACUGAUAGUUGUGCUGAACUUAGUACAAUUAAUUGGAGCCUGGGUAGUUAAACUACUAGAACUCGUCUUGUGAAUUGCAACUCUUCCUACGUUUGGACCAGAAGUCGUGACCGCUGACCCUGAUGUUACGUAACUCGCAGUCACCAAUUUUGAAAGUGAAGUUUGGGCAAUAUCUUGUGCUGAAGAUGUUUGCAUUUUUCCAUUGUCAACAACUGGCUGGGAUUCUGAAGAGGGUGUGGCACCACCCGUAACAGGCUGUGACAAAUGCCCCUUCGCAGGACGAUAAUUGGCACUAUGCUCUUUUAAGUAAUCAUUCAUCCCAUCCUUCGCUUCAUUCUCUUCGCCGCGCUCCAGCAAUAAGUCAAUUUCCGCCUGCUCCAUCUUAGUUUUAGCACUCAACAGCUCUAAUUUCCUGUUUAACUCUGCUUUACUUCUUUCUACUUCUUCUAAUUUGCGUUCUAGUUCCUGCUUUUCCUUUAGGGUGUGCACUUCCAAUUUAGCUUCUACUGCCACCCUUCUCUUCUCUUUAACACUGCUUCUAUUAGACACACAACUUCUCUCGCUCUUGUCAGACCCAUGGCUCAAUCCAGAUUCAGAAGGAGGGGUACCUACUCCCUUUUUCCUCCACUGAUUUAUGAGGAUUUCUAACUGUAAUUUCAUUUCUCGUUCAUUCUGAUAACUGUCAAUAAUAAAUUGUUUUUUCUAUUCAUCAUCUUCAAAGGUGAAGUAAUUAUCAUGACUGAAAACAAAGUUACGAAAUGCUUCUUCAUACCUGUAAAUCUCGGCUUCCACUCCACCUAUCUGUGUGCUAGGGCUUAAAAUCAAUUCUUGUACACAAUUUCGCCGUUUCCGCAGUUCUCCAAGAUACCAGUUUCGCUGACGCUCCGCAUGAACCGCUUUCUCGACUCGAACUUCCAAUUCAUCUAUUCUUUUGUUCGGCUCCUUUAAUCUAACAGGCCUGGAACUACUGUCUUGUUCUACCGGAUCCUCGCCAUAGAAACCAAAUUCCACGUUUCCACUUGUUAAUGAUGGCCCUACUUGUUCUAAUCCACCAUUCUCAUCACCUUGGAACGUGCGCUGAGGCGAUUUCUCUGUUGGCGCCGAAUCGGGAACAUUUUCCUUCUGUGGAGUCACGUGAGUCGCUGCUUGCUCGUGUCCACCUUUCUUAGCACCACUUUUCGAUUUCUUGCUCUUCGAAUUCUUGCCAGUCAUUCCGUUCCUUUAACCACAGUACUGCUUGAAAUCAAUAACUUCGAAUGAUGUAGCGUCCACUCAUAGCUACUUGAAACUGUACUUUAAUCAGUUGUUCACUUGCUGGUUCGUUUCUAAUCUGCACAUAACUUGUAUUCGUUCCAUUCACAAAUUGCACGUGAAAGAGAAAGAUUCGCUGAAAUAACAACAACGCGACUAUAACAAAGAUGAUAUUGACCGAAUAACCGAAAAUACUGCAUACUUACAAGUUAUUGUGCCUUCUUAAUGGAAAGGAAAACUUGUCCUAACGAAACGACAGUAUAACUCCAUAACAAAACAUGUGCUUUUUCGUGGGAAAGAGCGCCCGCGAUAUUUUGUGUGCGGUCACCGAAGACCACACCAUAUAACGUUUAUUUUCUGUCUCUUACAGUCUUAAAGCCAACAUGGAUGGUCUCCGCCAAAAACCUGAUUCAUUUUACCUCCUGCGGUAUCAUUCUCAAGUGAUCUUCGAUUUUAAAGCGUUUGAUGGCGUCAAACGUUACGCAAGAUUUCGACUGAUCCCAGCUGACGGAUCACCGGAAACGGGUUUGUUAUCUGAAGAGGUCCAGUGGCAUCCUUGGUGAGUUUAUAAAACACCAUAGACCUCUAGCUAUAUCCUAAUAGUUUAUUCAGCUGUUUAUUCUUUCUCGCAGCAAGCAUUUGAAAAUUUGGCCUCAUUCAAAGUGUCCUGUUGCCGUAGUACUUAUAGCCUUAAAUUCAGAUCAGCUUAUUUAAACCAAUGUUUUUUUGGACAGCCUGUGUAUAUGUUGUGGUUCAAUUUUAUCCUUGGUUUAAAUUUUGUUCUCCUUUGUUUUUAAUUAUGGUAAUGAAUGAUAAUGAGUUUGAAACAAAGGAAAUUAAAUUUGUACCAAGGAUAUAAUUGAACCACAACAUAUACACCCUUCUCCUCCCCUCUUCCGCAACAGGACUGGAGAUCAAAGAAGACAGCAAACCCUGUGUGACAAGGGUGACAACAGUUUUGUUUGAAGAAAAAAAUUGCCCCAAACCGAAAAACCCAAACCCCAAACAGAUCUUUUUUGUAAAAGACCAGAAAACAUUAAUGUUAAGUGAAGAUCACUACGAAACACGCAAACAAUAACCCUGUCACGUUUGUCACGCACAAGCGUUUUACCGUCCUCUUCUUCCUACCUGUUGAGUAUGGAAAGACGGCGUCUCUAUCCCUUAUGACUUAUUAUCUAAUUGAUUGAUUGAUUGAUUGAUUGAUUUUUAUUUUGAGGGGAUGGGGCGGCUGUACACAACGGCUAUAUUUCGUCGGAAAAUUGUACAAGUAAAUACACAGUGUGCAAAGGAUAAAUUUUACAUGCAGGUGAACUCACGUAUACUCUCGCCAUGGCAACAGAGACAUCUCGGACUGGAUUAAGUUUCACGUAUACGGAAAACGUGCUAAACUUUAAACUCCUUGAAGCUUGACUUAUAGUACUGCAUUGUGUCAUUUUCUGUGGGCAAAGAAGGUUAAAAGUAAAGCCCAAGACCCUCCUCUAUAACGCAGCCUUCGCCCUGCCAGGGACCUCCCUCAUACUCAGUGACGCACUCUUUUUCAGGAGAAAAAUCUAUCAAUCUAAGUGAAACGCUCACAACUGAUAAAAAUAAAUAAAUAAGAAUAAAAACUAUAGGAAGGCCGAUGUGUCUUUACCCUGGUUGCGAGAUUAUUUUUCUCUCUUUCCUUAUUCUUGAAAGUUUUAUCCGUACGCAGAUUCUUUUAUCUAUUCGAGAAGGGACCUCCGCAGCCAGGGUCUUUGUAAGAAAUGAAUAGUUAUGUUGAAGUAUGACUUACUGACCAUACUAUAACAUGUUCAUUGCUCCCGGCCGAAAAUAGGGAUAACCAAAGAUUGCCGACCGAUACCAUGCCCCUAGAUUACCUUAAACUUGAGUAUAAAGAGCGAAUGAACAAGGGACCUAUUGAAUACAAACUCCAAGUGCAACUCCACGAAGCUAAGCCCGAUGACUCACAUCUGAUACUUCAUAUCGGGAGGAGAUGGGAUGAGAGUUCACAUCCAUGGCUGGAUGUGGCUGACCUAAAAAUGACGACGCUGCUGUCUCCAAAAGCAACCGAAUGUCUAAAGUACAUUUAUUACCACCUUCCACCCUCUAUCGACUUGUUGCCAGCCCAGUCUGUUGACGAUCCCAAUGUUAUUCUUCAUGUGCGCCAGUCGGUGUACGCUUGGUCGCAGAAGCUGCGCUCCAUGAGAUCAAAUAAUAAAGUCCCAGAUCAUAUGGCAAAGUAUCUCAUCCGGGUGGAAACUGGGAGCCAGUCAGGGGCUAGUACAGAUGCUUCGAUAACUGUCUCCCUGAUAGGUAAACCCAUCCAUUUCUUGCAAUUUUUACUAUAAGGAGGUUUUAAGGCGCAUUUGGUCCGAGGUUUGUAAAAAAUUGCGACAAAAUGUAUCUGGACAACAUCAUCAGUCAUAAACACGCAAAAAAAUAAUAACAACAGCAACAACGUUAACAAAGGAAAGUAUCAAAGAGAACCACAACAUACAUUAUACUUUGAGUUGGUUGGAGAUUGCAAUAAACCCUUCCCAAAUGUUAUAUGACAUGCUUCUGUAAGCUGACAAAGAUGCCUUCAAGUAUUAAACUUAGGUCUUAGGUCAUACUUUUUUUUACCUCUUUUUUUUUCCCCAUUUCGUAGGAACCAAAGGGAAAACAGAUAUGAUUAACUUAGACAACUGGGGCGAUGACUUUGAAAGAGGAGAUGUUAAUGAAUAUUCAGUAGAGGCCAUGGAUGUUGGUGAGGUCUUGAUGAUCCAUCUUCACAACGAUGGUGGCGGCUGGUGGUACAAAAAUCCUGAUUGGUUUGUAAACAGAAUCUCAGUGAUAAGUUUCAGUCAGCAAAAUCCCUUCGAGUUUCCUUGUUAUCGCUGGGUGUUGUCGGAUUUGGUUGUAUUUGAAGGAAAAGGUAACAAGACCUUGGUUUUACCAGAAUAUUGAUAUUUAUCAAUAUAAAGUGGUAAUGCGCGACUGGAGACGCAGUCGCCCAUUACCACCGCUCUGGACGUUUUAUACGUUUAGCACUUAAUUGGACUCGAAAUCUAAAAUAUUUCCAUCUUUUUAUUGCUACUUCUGAGAGGUUAAUGCAUAAGCCUCGCUUUCUCGCUAUUUGUCUAUCUCUUAGCUAUUCUUCCAUUCCAAGAUCAACCAGAAGUUUUGAAAAAUCAACGAAAGCUAGAAUUGCAGCAGCGCCAAGAGAGCUACAAGUGGGGAACAUUUGCGGGCUGGGAAGGCCUUCCGAGACAUCUGGAAGCUGCCCAGCACUCUGACAUCCCAAGAGAUUCACAGUUCUCACAAGAGGCCAGAAAUUCCAUUGAUUACGAUAAAAAGAAGGCGGUUAUAGAUCUUGGUCUUGCUCACCUGUCAACGGUCUUCGAAUGCUGGGAUAACUUCGACGACUUUCAAAAGAUUGUCAGUUGUUUCUAUGGAGGAGGACAAAAACUUGUUGAAGGCGACCGAUGGAUGACCGACAGUGUAUACGGAUCGAUGUUUCUGAAUGGUUGCAAUCCAAAUGUUGUUGAGCGUUGUGAGAAAUUACCAAGCCAUUUUCCAGUCACUGAUGAGCUGGUGAAGGGUGCUCUCGACCGCGGGCUAUCGUUGCAACAGGAAAUGAAGGUAUGAUGAUGUCACAUCCAGUGUAGAUAAUAGAAUCCUUUACAUUCCAAGACGAGCACGACUAAAAGUAGAGAUUUUCUCAGUACUAAGUCAGUAGUGCGCUAGCUUAAAACAACGUCAUUUUGGCGGGAAAAAGUGGUAGCCGUCGUCAUGCUACUACGAGUUUUAGCGAGAUAUCGAAGAGACGGAAACACUGACAAGAUAUCAAAUGUUAGAAGUUUUAUAAUUUUGCGAACAGGAGAGCGCGUAGCCUCCUUCACUAAAGAUAACAGUGCUAACUUUUCUAGUGAAAAAUGGUAAAGUGAAGCUUUCUGGGAGGUCUAUAUUUCGAGAAUACGCGAAAAAGCGUUAAGUCAAAACUCGUACUGGUAGCUUCAAAAAGCCUCUGAACAGUCUUUCGCGGGGGUUUAAGGCCAUUCGCCUUUUUUUUUUCGUUUAGCGUCGAAUGCGUUUCCUGAUAUUAGGUUGGUCGGUCGGAUUGCAAAAAAAAUCUAAAAAAAAAUUCAUAAGAAAUCUUGGAAUAGGAUGCCCUGGUACCCCAGGACGACGUUAAAAGUUAACAUUCACAUAUUUGGAUUAACAAAAUACACAAUAUAGUGAAAAUAAUGUUCCUGUUUUUCUAUAGCUAUUACUAUGCCCAUUUUUCAGAUUAAAAGAAUUAUUUCAAUGAAAAAUGGUUUAACUAAGACGUUCCUUUUUUUUUCGAAAACGCCAAAAAUUUGGGUCGGUCAGACGACGCUAAACAGAGGGAAAAGGCGGAUGGCCUAAUAAAAUGAAUGAAUAAAUUAAUAACUUCAUUUUGACUUUAUUUUGAAAAUUCUUUUAAAGUCGUCGAAGUUGGAUUUUCGUUAGAAAAGAUAUAUCCAAACAUCAAUUUCAAUACGUAGAAACAAUCUAUUCACAUGUACAAUAUAUCAACGGCAUCAAAAAAAAAAAAAAAAAAAAAAAAAAAACUGGAAGGUUUCGACAGAUAACGUCAUAUGAGGUGUCAAAUGCAAUUCAAAUGAACAGUGGAAACGUUUAGAAUACUCCCAGAGAUAAUGACGAUAUACUUUUGCGUUAAUUUCUUUAUUAAAGAUGAUAGUACCAUAAACAUAGAUUGCAACUCAACUUUGAAGAACUCAGAUGAACGAAACAAGUUCUAUAGAAACAAAACGAAAUAGAAAACAACACUGUACUGUGUGUGGCAAUCUUUCGCAUUUCCAGUGUCUGGCACGUUGGAUGGUGGAAUUUAAAUACAAGUGUCCGUCAAGUUUGAACCAGUUUCUAUGGUAGGUUCUUCGUUGAAGUAGGACACUUAUCAACCGAAAGUCCCUCUACAUCGUCCCUUCCGGCUUCGGCCGCAAUUUUUUUCAUUUAUUGACUGCGCCUUAAGCUUGCUUUGGCGCGCUGAAUCGUGAAAGGGAGUCUUCCGGAAGUAAACCAGUUUACCGGAAACUGUUUCCGCGUGGUCCGCACAGUUCUAAAAGUAACUUUUUUGAUAUCCCGGCGAACGCCUUUAGACUCCCUCUCUCUCCUAUUAUGGCUCUUGGUGUCCGUUUAAUACAGGUUGGCAACAAUAGAAAUGACCAUUUCAGGUACUUUUUAGUUGUCCGCGUCCGCUUAAUAGAGGUGUCCGCUUAAUAAAGGUUUCAUUUCAAGUAAAUAAGGGAAAUAAAUUUGGGGACUUCGGCUACUGUCCGCUUAAUAGAGGGUGUCCGCUUAAUACGGUGUCCACUUAAUACAGGUUUCACUGUAUUAUCUUUGUUUUCUACUACGGAAAUAGGAAGGUCACGUGUACAUCGUGGAUUACAAAGUGCUGGAAGGUAUUGAUGAGCCGUCGGGGGAAGGGGAAACCAUCUACACUGCACAUCCCCUGGGACUCUUUUACGUGAAACGCUCUGGGGAUCUGGUUCCUAUUGCUAUUCAGUUGUUUCAGCAACCCAGUGAUACCAACCCAAUAUGGACCCCGGGUGAUUCCAAAUAUGAUUGGCUGUUAGCAAAGAUGUGGCUUCGGUACGCUGACCUUAAAGUACAGCAGGUUAGUAGUUGAAAAAUGGGAUCGAGUUAGGUUUCUUAGAAACUGCCCACCUACCCCUCCCCUAAGCAAACAUUUUGCCCUAAGUGAGAAGUAACUGUUAAUGUUAGCUUAGGGGAGGGAUAGGCUGGCAGUUUCCCAGAAACCUAAAUUGGUCCGAAAUAUAUGUGAAGAGGAUAUUGCAGCUACAUAAUAUACCCAGGAUGGAUGAAGAUGAAAUAAUUAAUUCAUGAAUUUAAUAUUGAAACUGCGGGAUGAAGAAAUAAAUGUUAAAUAGAAGAUCACCACAGCUACAGACUCGACUUAUUUAGUUGCGAAACGAAAGCCUGAAAAAUUCAGGCCUGCUUGGAUUCCAACCGUCUGAUCUAUGAGAACACCGGUGCCACGCUCUACUGAGCCAAUUGGGAGCUGGUCAUUGAAUUGGUUCGGUAUAAACCUGUGAUAGAUGAAGACAAAAUAACGAAUAUAUAUGUAUUUCAUAUAUUGGAACUGCGGGAUAAAGAAAUAAUGCAAAGGAUAUAAUCGUAGUUAAAGACGCAACGGUAGCUGGUUAGUAAAUGUCCAGACCUCCUAGGCAACAAAGUAGUGUAGUAGGGAUGUUUUACGCCUCUUUUUUGCGCAGGAAUCUCAUUAGCGUGCGCAAGAAGGAGGAGGUGGUGGAGGAAGAGGAGGAAGAGGAGGAGGAGGAGGAGGGAAAACAAUAAAAAUACGGCAACCAACCAGAAUGCUUCGUCAAACGAGACAGCCAGUGAGCGUCUUUCUAAUUCCGGUCAACCAAUCAAAACAACUAUGACAUCAUAGUACCCCGGAAUACAUAUGACAUCAUCUUCCGAAAAUAACUAAAACCUGUCAAACCGGUUAUACCAACCAUGACCGCCACAAGAUAAAAAUAGAACAUGACAUCAUUGAUAAACCCGUCAAACUGAAUAUACUUAAUGAGAUUCCACCGCAAGUUAAUGAGAUACCACAGCAUUUUAUUCAUGAGAUCAAGACAAUAGCCUAUGACGUCACCUAGUUAAUGUAUUCCUGCGCACGCUAAUAAGAUUCCUGCGAAAAAAAGAGGCGUAAAACGUCCCUCCUACAUUAGUCAACAAUUUAAUUUCGCUCAAAAAUAGUCGAGUAACCUAGCACUAGUUACUGUAAAACUAAACAGCCUGUGAGCAAGCUCUCCUCCUCGAGAGAACACGCAAGCGAGUGGCAAGCAGUAAAACGUAUGAAUAAAAAAAUAAAUUAAGUCUUGUGUUUAUAACAGAGUAGACAGGAAAUUUCAGUAGUAGUGGUGCUAUCAAACGUUCUCUACUGUUUCAUUUUUCCGAAGGCAAACACUCAUGGUCUCCAGACCCAUAUGGUUAUGGAGCCAUUUGCCGUGGCGGCAUGGCGCCAAUUGCCCUCAGUUCACCCUGUCUUCAAAAUCCUCUUCCCUCAUCUUCGCACUGUGAUGGCCAUUAACAAUUUUAUCAGGCAUAACCUUGGUAACAAGCAAGACGUGAUGCAGCUUUUGAGGAAGGGCUACAAGUCAUUUAAGUUUAGCAUGCUUUCACUGCCUGAAGUUCUUUCCAAGAAAGGAGUGGACGAUGCUACUAAACUACCCAAGUAUUUUUACAGGUAAGAGGAGUAUUUUUUAUGACAGACAAAACUUGCACGGAUAUUGCAUAGUCCAAGGAUGUAAGAUUUAAGUUCGUCUGAAGGAGUUUGAAUCGAUAAACACGUUCUAUCCGUCUGCGUCAGAUAGUGAUCUCUGAUUGGUUCAAACAAACUUAGCUUAAUUUAGGUCGACCCAAAUUACAAUCUGGUUUGUCUCAUGAAAAGUUCAACAUUUGGCCUUGGCCUAUUAAGUAACACAGAAGUGCUUCACUUACUUUCCUUUCAACGAUUAAACUAUAUUUGAAUUAUAUUUAUCAUUCUAUUGUCAGAGAUGACGCUCUUCGCUUAUGGAAGGCAAUUUUAGCUUUUAUCCAAGAAGUCAUUGUCAUACACUACAAGACAGAUAAUGAUGUUGUCAAGGACACUGAGCUUCAAGCCUGGUUACAAGAUGCACAGGAAAAUGGCUUUCCUUUUGGAGAGGGAGGCAUCGAGAGUGAUCACGAGCUUCCAAAAAGCCUUGCAACAAUCGACCAGCUUGUUCACGUUCUUACCUGCAUAGUAUUCACGUGUUCGUGCCAGCAUGCUGCAGUGAACUUUGGACUUAUGGAUGUUGCAGGUUUUAUUCCCAAUACUCCUCAUCUGAUGCGUCGCCCGCCUCCAACCAAGAAAAACGAAGCUUCUCUGGAAUCCAUCAUGAAGACGCUCCCAAACAAGUCUCAGGCUGCCCAUCAAAUUGCUUUCUUGUAUGUGACAACUAAAUUUGCUGAAGAUGAGGUAAGCGACUGAACCCUUGUUCAAACAUUACUAGUAAAUACGUUACUUCCGGCCUAUAAAGAAUGUGUCGAGAGAUGGACUCUUUUUUGUACAUUGAACAUGAUCCCUCCCUCGUGUUCCGAUAAUUUGCUCACUAUGCAAGAGGUAGACUGUAAAACAGUCCAUAUUUUUGCGCGAGGAGUCAAACUAAAGGUCUGGACCGAGGCUGAAAACAGAGAGCGAGACUGGACAGAUACCCUAAAAAUACUCUCGCCUCACACGCCCUAGGGGCAUGUGAGGCUCGCUCGCCUCGCGUGCGUAAGACUUACGCCCCGCUUUACCGAUUUCUUUACUGAUUUUGAGAAAAAAAGCGACUGUUUUGCAGUCUAUUUAAGACGUUACCUAGAUACCUUUCCUUCAGAGGAAGUGACUUUAACAAUUCGUGAUCGUCAGUAUUCGAACAUUUAAACACCGAAGAUCCUUUACUUUCUGGCCCUGUUUCUUUGUUCGUUUCUCAAGGGUUUUUUGUCAUAAAGGAAGAAUUAAACGGAACCGAUGGAAUUCUACGACAGCGUAGUUAAAUGACUAUGAAAUGUCUCGAAAGAGAGACUGUUAUUGUUUUCUCUCUCUUUUAUGUUUCAGCGUUUCCUUGGAGACAACACGCAAAGCCUUUUGACGGGCGAUGAAGCAGAAGCUGCAAUUUGUCGCUUCCAGGCUUCUCUCCAGAAAAUAUCGGAUUCAAUCAAGGCUCGCAAUGAAUCGUUGGAGUUGCCUUACAUCAAUCUGUUACCUGAGCGAAUCCCUGAUAGUAUUGCUAUCUAAAUAAAACAAAGGAAUCAGGGGCUAUGUUUUACUUCUUUCUCAUGAAAACUAAGGCGAAGAAUAAUCAACAUGAUUUGAAUAGUUGAAAAACUAGAGAAAGCUAUCCAGACCAUUAUUUUGGUUUGUUGUCUGGGUAACGUUACCAAGAAGAAAAAUCAUUUUCGCUAUAUUUGUGUGGAAAACCGUGUUAUGGCUCUUAAGGUUAAGUUCGAUGGGUGCCUUUCCUGGUUUAUAUUCUUAUAUUGGUCAGAGCUAGCGGAGUAGGGUGAAGCAUAGCUUUGUGCACAGUGUGACAAGCAUUUUCAUGGCAAAUUACGUAGUUUUUAAAGUGGCAGUUUGAUGGGAGUCUGCCUUGGUUUUCUGACUAGUUCAUGUUCUUAUAUUGGUGAAAAUAUGAGUAGGGUUAAGCAUAUCUUGGUGUACAGUGUGAUACAAGCAUUUUAAUGAUAAUUUGCAUAAUUUCUUAGGUGAAGUGUAAUACGGGAAAUAAUUCCACUUCUAAUAAAAUCGUUUGCUGUAGCAUCGAAUCUCUCCUUUCUUGCUUUUAUUUCUCCUAUCGUAUGAAAUAGGGCUGACAAUUUUUAAUAUGAAUCGGUAUAUUUCAAACGAGCCACACAAUUCAAAAUUGGCCAAAUCUGCAAGAAAAAAAGAAACAAAAUUCCAAAUGCCGUACCCCCUACCUUCCUAUGCUCUUUCUUAAACGGACAUACGUCUCUCCGUAUUUCGUAUUCUAAGUCGAAAUAACCUCAUAGAGAGUGCGCUGCAAUACUCCUUUCUUUGAAGUAAAAACCAAUAAAAGAGAAUCACAAAGUCUUCGUUUUGUUAUCGGCAUGGCAACAAAGACGUAAAUUUAACAAACCACCCGCUUAAACCUAUUCAGACCAGGUGGGCUUUGGGCUUCUGACGAAAAGUUAUUGUGUAAAUGUUUUCUUUGAUUUAACAUUUGUUUGGACUUUCACUAGAAAGAUUUUUUCCAUAAAGCUACAGUGC